AUGUCUGACACCACCGAGAAACCGGUUGGCCAUAUUGAGCCGCAGGAGAAGCAGCAGCUCAGCAUGGCCGAGAUCCAUCUUGUCGGUGAAGGGGAACACACUCACGGUGCGCCCAGAAAGGUCCUGGACCUGAACGAAGACCCGGGACUUGACAAUCUCGACGAAUUCGUCAAGGGGCAGAAGGAGGUGAUCUUCUUCACAGACGGCCAUCACCUUAUUCAGAUCCUGCGGCCAGAGGACGUCGCUAAGAUCGAGCGCUCGCCUCUCCAGAUGGUGGCCCAUUGCUCGCAGCUCUCGUGCCUCCCCCACCCCCCCACCACUCCGCCGCUGGCUCCGGGCCACUAUCGGCUGCGCUUCCAGUGCGACGACACCGAAACCACAGUGGACUGGCCGGAGGAGCAGGCCAAUGCCUACCAUGCCAAGUUCGCCAGGCAGGCCGGCCACUACCGGAGGCCGAAUUCCGGCCGGGAGUCGUCUUAUGUGACUAACGCGAAAACGGAGAAGCCUCUGUCGCAUUAUUUUGAUGACGACGCGCUCUUGGGGAUCUUCGCGUCUGUUUGA